CAACUCCCCAAGUUAGGCAAGUACCCUUGGCUACUGCCGCUGCCUACCUUCCUCUUCUCUCCUUCCUCCUCCGUCUCUGUCUUCCAACACCGCAAGAGUGGUCGCCGCCGGCAUCGUUGCUCUGUUUUCCAUCUCUCUUCCUGUUCUGCUAAUCGUUCAACUCCUGCGUCGUCAUCCGUGUCUCUAUCUCCCCGUGUCGCUGCCACCAGCAUCUCUGUCACCCGCGUCUCUAUUCGCCUCUCUGCUCUCCUCUCCAGCCACGUCUCUGCUCGCCUCUCCGCCCCAACUCUGUCACCCUCUCCGCCGUGGUUGCUGCCCUCUCUCGUCCUUUGGUUCCAUCCAGAAAGAAGAGAAGAAGAAUGGAGGCUGCGAAACGGUUACAAGGAAACUCAUUAUCACUUUUCAGCGAAGGCAUUGGCUUUGUUUUGUUGCAUUGGUCCGCUCUUCGUGACGCCGUCGAGAACCAGUGGGGUGGCCCUGACUCCCGCCUCAAGGCCAAUAACCUCGCCACCGAUAUCCUCUCCUGGUUCACUCAAUCCAGAGGAUUCGCAGAGCCGCUUUAUAUUGAUGACUUGGAGCGCAAACUCUGUAAUGGCAUGAUUUCGCUCAGUGUAGUGGAUGAGGAUGGCAGCAUAGAGGUAGCUGAAAAUCUAAUGGUUAUGCAUGAGGAAUGCUUAGAAGGAAACUUUGUGACCAUUGAGCGUUAUAGGCAGGCCAUUGUUAACCAAGCUGCGCAUCCUCGUGCAAUGCCACAGAUUGUGAAUGAUAAGGAUGAUGAUGAGGAUGAGGAAGAUGAUGAUGUCCAAGGUGGUCAAAAUGGUGAAAGCAGUGCUAGGCAAGCUACUUCUUCAAACAUGGAUGUGGACAUUCCAAAAUCUGAAUCAAACACGAGUUCAGGUAACAUGCGGAUUGAUGAUGAGCCUCUCAAAAAGGAUGCAGGUGAAGCAGAGGAUGGAUGGGUUGUAGUUUCAAAGAAAAAA